AGCAGCCAUUCAACUAUGUCAAACCGAAGGCGAAAGCGGAAACGUUUUGUUGAACCGUUUGAAAACGAACACGAACAUUCAAAUGAACGUUUCCGUUGCCUUUGCCUCUGCAUGGCUCGAUGAUCUUACACUCCUCGCAAGACACUAGCAAGGAAGGUCACAGAUGAUAUUUAAUAGCGGCAAGUGCGCACUGGUGGUAAGAAAGAGAACGUCACAUGCGGUCCAGUUGACUAUCAAUUGCAGCCACACGAAAACGCACUGGAUGUUAGGGAGCUGUUGCAAUGAUUGUAUUUAAAGCACAUCCUGUGUCACAGGCAGCAUCAGUUGCGUUUGAGUGUCGUUGCAAUCAGUACAAGGGCCCGGUUCGAUACCUUCACUAACAGAAAUCCCAACAACAUGAAUCUGCAGCAAGUUGUGCUAAGCCUGGGCGUGUUUACAACGCUCCUUCGAGAUCAGUGCUACGGCGAUGAGGACACAGAACAUGUUCACAUCAAACUGCACGUGCCUGAAAUCAUCAACCGGCACGUCCACGUCAAAACGAAGUACAUGCACGUGUACCAUCCGAAAAAAGUCGUCCAGGAGAUGCCGCCAACGUUCGUUGAUCAGCAACCGCUGGCGAUGGAUCACGCUGGCAUGUGGAUGCCUUCCGGUGCGCUACCCUCGGGCAUGGUUUCAUCUCCCUCGGCGGCCCUUUCGUCAGCCUCUUCCUCCGCAAUGGCAGCUGCGGCAGCCGCCUCCCUCUCCUCGAUGGUGCAGGACAAACUGUCAACACAGCUCGCUCAGGAGCUGAUGAUGCGCUACCGCAACCUGGAAACGCCCACCGUCGGAGGAGGAUCGAACGAUCUGCGCGAGCCGGCCGAUGCAUCGGACUAUCUGCGGGACUACUACCGGCAGCAGCGGAAGCUUUCCGAUCAGCUGAUGCUGCAGGAAGCGAUGCAGUUGCCAAACUUUGCGCAAACCAAAUACUUGUCCAGCAUGGGAUACAACUGGGACAAGUCGUUUGGCGUUAAGUCAGGCGAUGCUGAACAGUCGACCUUGCUUGUGAAAAAGUCGAAAAAGAAGAAGGCUUUUGGACAUCUGUAGCGGGAUGGUGGUGUACACUGUUGCUAGACCAAGAUUUUGUUGAAUUUUGUUUUUAUCACUAUUGUUAUGCAAUUUGUUGAAUGCUUCUCUGUUAUUUAAAUAAAUAAUAUGGUUUAAGAAA